GGUAGAGGUCGAUAUACAACACUUCUCUGACUCCAGCAGACCUGCGCUGCGCCUGCCGGCGGGCUAGCUGCAGAGUUCCGGCACGGUGGCGGUGGUGGCGGCGGCGCUGCUAGCUGAUGAUGAGCCGGAGUACCGCCGUGAUGGCGAGGCCGGCGGCAACGCUGGUGAGCACGAGCGUGACCGUGGGCAGCACCAUCCCAGCAGCAGCCACUCACCUGGCGCAUGAGGGUGUGCGCGCCGCCGGGUGCACAGGCGGCGCCGCCAGUGCCGGACACCUCGCGUCAGCGGCCGACGAGCUAGGGAAGGAGACGGGCAGUGGCGUACAGCACAACGUGCCGCUGGCCGGCGCCAAGCGCGUGGUGCACUACCUGCCCUGGGCCCCUGGGCGCAGCAGCUGACCAGGACCAGGACCAGGAGCAGGAGCAGGAGCAGGACCGGGUGCAGGAGCAGGUGCAGGUGAGGACUGUGUGCCGGAGUCGCGGAGAUGAAUUUCGGGCCGCCACAGAACCGGCUGGUAGCGGGGUAGGGUGCGAUGGUACAUGGCAAUGGACGGAUCCAAGUGGCUGAUAUAGUUAAGUCCCGAGAAACAAAUUGCACCCAGCCCAGGCAUCGACAAUCUUGGAACGACCUUGGGUAUGGUACGGGAGCCAUCACAGGCUCUCUGGGCAAGAUCGGGCCUGUGGAGAUCAUCCAGCUGCAGAGCGAGAUGCGGCGGCGGGCGCUGCUAGAGCAGUGGAAGGACAACGCCUGGGCCGGCAGCUUCACAGUGCAGCACGGGCCGGGCCCGGGGCUGGGCGGCGAUGUGUAGUGAGCCGUGCAGGUUAGGGUGGAGAAGGACGGCUGGAGGAGCAGGACUGGCGCUGGUGCUGGUGCUGGGUGAUUUGCGGCUGGUGGAAGGGCAAGGUGGUGAGGCAGACAUGGAUGUCAGGGUAGGAGGAGGAGGCCACGCGUGCGUGUGUUUGCCAUGCGUGCGUGUGUUUGCCAUGCGGGAGCGGGGCAUUCCCUUACUACAUACUUUCAAGCCCUGUGCGAGAGUCGGCCAUACGGUAGCAUGGUGCGGCCAUAACACGGUGUGGCGUGCCCCUGCGGUCGGACUGUCCCGUCUUGGUAAUGGCGCAUCCAUGUGCCUGUGAUGUCCCGUGUUGCAGCGACUUGCUUGAUGGGGUGGGACGCAGCCUUCACUCUUC